CUUAUUUGCAAUAAUAUAACGCCAACGUCCAAUUGACAAUUUUGGAUGAUUGACAGUUUUGUAUACAGCAUAAAAUUUUACAUAAAUUGUUAUAAAUUUUAGGUAAAGUCAUAUUUUAUAGACGAUUUAAAUAUGAAUAAUACACCUAUAAAUAUUGAAAAGUAUAAAGUGACCACUGCCGAACCCACUGCGUUCUACAUAUCGGAAUUUAUAUCAGAAAAUGAAGAAAAGUUGAUAUUAUCAAACAUUUACGCGGCACCAAAACCGAAGUGGACGCAACUUUCGAACAGAAGGCUGCAAAAUUGGGGCGGUUUACCUCACAAUAAGGGUAUGAUUGCCGAAACUAUACCUGGUUGGUUGGACCAGUAUCUCGACAGGAUACACAGCCUUAACUUAAUGAGCGGGAAAAGGCCUAAUCAUGUGCUAGUUAAUGAGUAUCUAGCCGGGCAGGGCAUAAUGCCGCAUUUGGAUGGGGAUUUAUUCUAUCCCACAAUAACUACCAUUUCUGUCGGAUCCCAUACCAUUUUAAAGUUCCUCAAACCUGCUACAGAUAAUAAUAACAUGCAGCCAGUGUUUUCGUUUUUGCUGGAACCAAGGAGUUUACUAGUAUUGCAAGACAAACUCUUUCACCAUUAUUUACAUUGGAUAGAAGAAGUCAAGCAGGAUGUAUUGGAUGAUACUGUUGUGAAUUUACACAUGUGUUCUGAUAAAUAUGCCAAAGGCUCUACUGUAGAAAGAGACACUAGGAUAUCUCUAACCAUUAGGCAUGUGCCAAAAACAACUACUUUUAAAAUUAACAUUGGUAAUAAAAGAUAGUUAGUAAUUA